AUGACGAGCCGCGCCUCUCUCAGCACAUCGACAGGCGGGCGUAGCCGGGCCCCCACAGGCGCCGAACUCUUGGAAGAGGCUGAAGGCACCAUGGAAGAGCUGAUCCUGGCCACCUGUAUGCAUCAAAACGUUGUGCUCACCACUUGCUUGCGCUUGCAAGCCUAUCUGGCUGAAAAGCACGACCGCCAGCGGCGGCGGGAUGUCAGCGUGGCGCUCUUUGGCUCAGGCCUGGAGGGUGCUCUGAGUCCCACGCCUUCGGCUUCCAAGCUGGCUGACCUUUGCACGCAGCUUGACCGCCUGCUUCCCAUACGCUAUAAGGAGGCCGGCAUGCGCCACAAACCCAAGGCUCCCCUCAGCCGCGUGCCAUGGCUCAUGCUCGCGAGUCGCAGCAGCUCAGCCCCGCACAUACCUGCCUGCGAUUGGCAUGUGGCUCAACCGGAGACGCUGGUGGUAUUGGACGACAUCAGUCCAAGUAUUGGGCCGCCAAACGGUGAACUCGAGCAAUCCCUUUUACCCCUGGCUGCGCGUUGCGAGGCUCUUGCAGCGUUGGCCCGUGAGCAUGGCUCUGCCUUUCGCCGACUGGGUGCCAUCUUUGAGCCACUCCUCCAGCACUACAAGCAAUUUGCCAACCUUUGCCGAACCCUGCCCACAAAUCCACCAGAAGUCCUGGUCCCCUUUACACGUAAUGAACUUCUCUUGAAGAACCAUUCAGACCACGGUCAUGUAGACGUGGCGGAUGUGACGGGUGAAUUGAGUGGGCGCAUGACGCAACGCAUGGCGCAGUACCUGCUGCAAGAGGAUGAGCUCAUGCAGCGCGAAGCCUCCCGAACGACUGGAACCCACCGCACCUUCUGCUUUCGCGGCGUUUUUUAUAAGGCCACCGACUGGGAAAACGAGGGCUCGCUGCGGGUUCCGACCGAAUGUGUUGCCGCUGCCAUGGCACGCGUCUUGUUUCCCGAGGCCACGCUGAUCGCAGACAAGCGUGUGCUCCUUCUACGCCGCGUCUCCAUGUACCCCCGCCACAACCUCAAGGGCUCACUUCGGCGCAGCCAAGCAUUGCUGCAAGCCGUUCAUGAUCAACAGCAGCGCUUCAACGGCGAAGGCUCACCUGAACAGCACACCACCAGCCCCUUCCGUCGCAAAGACUUUCUUUUGCAGAGUCCUGAACUGUCGCGUGACAUUGAUAAGCAUCGGCGCUGGGCCAAUCGUGUCGUCCAUGCUUCGCGAUGUGUACAAGGCCCAUUGUUGGGAGACGCCCUGCCCGACCUCUUGCGUACGGAGGCCGACUUGGCCCGCCACCACCCAGCCCUGUGCCAGUCCUUCCUCUGGCAACUCUUGACGCUGGCCUCUGACGCCAAGGGCGACAACUUUAUUGUCCACGCACCCGAUGAGAUUAUCUGCAUCGAUUAUGAUCGAGUGCUCGACCCCCCUUACAUUGAGCAGCACGAUCAUCGUCACCGCCUCUCUUUCCGUUCCCUCAUCGCCUGUAGUACGGUUAUCAUGCGACGCCCGCUUCCCGACGUCAUUCGACGUCAAGUGGCCCGGUGGCGCAACGCAGCGGUCCGCCUCAAUGCGCUUGAACGCAUUGCCGCCUGUAACGACUGCGUGCAGACAAAUGUGCGGCAAGGCGUGGUCUCGCCUCACCUAGCCGAAAGCCUGCAAUUGCCGUGCCGCGUACCACGUUGGUACAUGCGCUUUCUCAGCCUGGCCUUGCGCCGGUUGGGUCACCUGGACUUUGGCCGCCCAAAUUUAUGCUUGGAUGAUCUCUUUCAAGCUAUCCUGCCCACCGCUCAGGGAGCGUACGCCCACAUGCGAUCAACCGAUGACCGCCCAAACGUGGUGCUGCGCCGUGUGUACGCCAAUCCGGAGCGCUACGCUGCGUCCCAGCGACCAUGCGUGCUCGAAGAGCUGGGUCUUGUUCUCACAGACGUAGAGCAGGAUUGGACAGCCGCAGAUGCCGGCGCCCUCGCACCCCUACCGCUGGACUUGGUUCAAGAGCUGCUUGAUGACGUCGGAGCAGCACGUGCCGGUGCCAGCGAUGCCUGGGCCGCAGUUCAGGCGGCCACGUUGCCAGGCAUCUUUCCGGCCCUGCUAGCGAGCAAAAUUCGAUUGCGAGGCGCUGCCUAUCAUACUCUUCUCCAUCACCUUUACAACGAGGGCCAUCGCCCCACUCCUGCCGUUGUGCAGGUCUUGCAUGAUAAUAUGCUGCAGGUUGAUGAGAAUGGUCGUGCCUUGGCCCACGUGCUAUAUGACAAGAUCGGACAGGACCCAGCGGGACUGGGCGAGCAGCUGGACAUGCUUGUAGCUUAUGGGCUCGAGAUUGACCAGCUCGACGCCUCCGGCCUGUGCGCUGUCGAACACGCGCUGGCAGACGGCAACGAGGAAGCAGUGCGCAGUUUCCUCCGGCUCGGCUCGAACGGUGGAUCACGCGCCAUGCUUUGGCUCAAACGGUUACUGCCAAACAUCCAAACAGCGGUGGACGAGGACAUUGCCCCUGAUGCCGUCUGGAUGGAUUUGCUUCUGGCUACACGAUAUCGCAACACGAGUCUUUUCCUGGAGGUGGCGACUCUUCUCUGCUUACUCAGCGCAGGCCCAGCACCGAGUCAGAGCGCUGUGCUCGAGUCACAUGAUCAAGUCGACCUGAGCGAUUUUACCUUUCCCGUGGCUGAGCCGCGCCUCAACCUACAGUUGGAGUGUGAACCUUAUAACGAGGAGCGCCAUCUGCCUUCACUUGUGUGGGAGGCGAUUGAACAGCAAAGCCAGAGUUGCACGCGGCGAUGCUUCUUUCUCGCGGACCAGCGUACCCAGCGCUGGCUUCUUUUGACGGCGCGCUUCGUUGACCAUGAGGCUAUGACCGACCCUACCUUGCGCCUGGAUCAGUUGGCGGAGGCUCUCAAGCAACUUGAGCGACGUCUCAAGGGCCUUCAGUUCCUGGUGUCAGGACCAUUGGCUGCAGUCGCACCACCCAGCCACCUGCCCGUGUGCCUACCCGAGAGCUUCCUCUCGCAGACAGAAAUGCCUAUCACGAGCACGGUGCCACGCGGGCCACUUACUGCUCUACUUAGCGCCAUGGUUGAGUCACGUGUUGGUCGUGAGGCGCUCGAUCAGUUGACUGCCUCGCAGCUGACCGCGCUGUUGCGAUGUGUGGACAAGCCGCUCACGUCUCGGGCACAGGCGGCUCUGUGGGGACGAUGCCAAGCGUUGGCAACGGAAAUGGUCGAUGUUGAGCUCCGGUGCUUUGAGGCCUUGCCCGCCAAGGAAGUGCAAGCCUUUGUCCGAGAUGCCGCAGCGCUGACUUCUUUGAAUUUUACGCUUUGUAACGUUCGUGGGAGUCGUGGAACACUGGCACUAGACUUUGCCAAGUGUGCUUCCCUGCGACAGUUGACCCUGAGCCAGGCCUCUUGGGUGACCACGCUGCGUCUCUCCCACCUGCCGUCGUAUGCAAUGGUAGAGCUUGCCUAUCUGGACCGACUGAGCAGCGUGCAAUUUUUGCCUGCUUCCGACACGGUGCAAGUUUCCACGCGCGCAUGCCCGCGGCUGAAGCUCUCUUGA